CGCCAUUGGCAAGCAAGCCACUGUCUCCAUAGCGACGGGCAUUGAGACAUGUAAACAAUCUCAGCUGGGCUGGCUCCAUUCAUACAUUUUGUGCUUCACGUGCAGCGCUGUAUCGCCGCUGUGCAGACUUUGUGAGGCUGUUAAACUCAACCUUCGGCGUUCAGGAAUGGAUCAAGGGUGGAGCCAAGAUGAGCUUCGGCAGAUCGGGGAGCAGAGGGAGUCCUGGUGUACGGUGGACUCCAACGCUCUGCGCAUUUGGUGCCGUCCGGAGAGGAAACACGCACAGCAGGCCUUCCGGAGCGAUGUUUUCAGCCCCAACAGGAACGAGCAGACAGAGCCGAGAUGCACCUUCCAGGUCAACGCCCCUACUCACCGGGAGCGCAGGCACUAUCCUGAGAAACAGGGAACCCAGCUGAAAAUCUAGAGCGGUUGGACGACGUCUCAUCACAACACUGGAGACAUGGGCGCUGCAACAAUUGGAGCUGCAGUGACCAGGAACCGGUGGACAACAACUGAUGGAAGUCCCUC